ACGAAAGACAGCAAAAUGCCAUCGGACUAUGAUAAAGAUGCGUAUCCAGAGCCUCCCCGCCAGACUCCAGUCGUGGACAAGCAGACGACCCUUCCCAACCCAGCCCUGAUUUUGACUAAACUCUUCUAUUAUUCUGUGGACCUCCCUGUCACCACAUUCAGAGAACUUGUGGAGGGUAUCCACUCCGGCAACAAGUACAACUACUACCACCAGAAGUUCCGCCGUGUCCCUGAGCUGACCGAGUGCACAGAGGGAGACUACACCUGUUACUAUGAGGCUGAGAUGCAGUGGAGGAGAGAUCAUAAGGUGGACCAGGAGAUCGUGAAGGUGGUCCAGGAGCGUCUGAGGGCCUGCCAGCAGAGGGAGGGUACCAGCUACCACCAGAACUGUUCCAAGGAGCUGCAGCAGUUUGCAGACGUGGCCAAGGCCUACCAGUCACGCUAUGGGGAUCUGGGAGCCUACGCCAGCUCAAGGAAAUGUCUGAUGAAGCAGAAAGACAGGAUGAUGGCGGCCGAGGCAAAAGCUUAAACA